AUGCUUAUUAAAUUAACAGAAGAAAAUGUUUCUCUGAUAAGAAAUUCACCACCCAGGAAGAACUUGAGAAGACCCAAAAGGAAGGCAAUAAUCUCAUCCAUAACCAUCACAAUAGUAGCAAUAACAAUUAUCCUAUUUUAUGGCUUCAACAACAACUCAUCUUCCUCUUCCUCCUCAUUUCCAAAACAUCCCAACAAGAAAAAUGUAAUAUUAUUCAUAACAGACGGUAUGGGUCCAGCAUCAUUAUCCCUCACUAGAUCAUACAGGCAAUUCAUAGAAAACUUACCAAUAAACGAUACAUUAACCCUCGACAAUCAUUUAAUAGGAUCUUCCAGAACAAGAUCCUCAGACUCAUUAAUCACCGAUUCAGCAGCAGGUGCCACCGCAUUCAGUUGUAUCUUAAAGACUAAAAACAACGCUGUUGGAGUAAAUGAUCAAUAUGAACCAUGUGGGACCCUUUUGGAAGCUGCUAAAUUGGAUGGACUUAUGACGGGGUUGGUGGUCACUACGAGAAUUACUGAUGCAACUCCUGCUGCGUUUAGUGCUCAUUCUAAUUCAAGGUUUCAAGAAGAUUUGAUUGCGUUACAUCAACUGGGGAAACAUAAUAACUUGGGUAGAGUCGUGGAUUUGAUGAUUGGUGGUGGGAGAUCACAUUUCCAUGGUAAAGAUGAUGGUGGUGUUAGAAUCGAUGGUAGAAAUUUGAUUGAUGAAGCAAUUAAUGAUGGUUGGAAUUAUAUUGACGAUAGGGAGACAUUUGAUUCUUUGCAAUUAGGUAAAAAUGUUAGUUUCCCAUUGUUGGCUUUAUUGGCAGAAAAUGAUAUUCCAUUUGAUUUGGAUAGAAAUCCUGAAGAAUAUCCUUCUUUGCAAGAACAAGCUAUUACUGCUGUGAAUGCUUUGGUUGAAGCCACAAAGGAUUCUGAUAAGGGGUUCUUCUUGAUGAUCGAAGGUUCCAGAAUUGAUCAUGCUGGUCAUGAAAAUGAUCCAGCUGCACAGGUUAGAGAAGUUCUGGCUUUCGAUAAGGCAUUCCAAAGCGUCUUGGAAUUAGUAGAUGAAAUGGAUACAGAGACUAUCGUUUUAUCUACUUCUGACCACGAAACUGGUGGAUUAGUCACCGCAAGACAAGUUACGAAAACUUAUCCUGAAUAUGUUUGGUAUCCACUUUAUUUACAAAACGCAAAACAUUCUGGUGAAUUUUUAAAAUCUAAAAUUUUAUCAUUUGAAGGUACUUUAGAUGAUAAGAAAUUAUUUAUCGAAAAGAAAAUAUUACAAGAUAUUUUACAAAUUGAUGACUAUAAUAAUGAUGACGUUAACGCAUUGGCUGAAAUGAAUAACUUAGAUGAUAUUCAAUAUAAAUUGAAUGAUAUGGUUUCAUUUAGAGCCCAAAUUGGUUGGACUACCCAUGGUCAUAGUGCUGUUGAUGUUAAUAUUUAUGGCUAUGCCAAUACAAAAUCUUCUUGGUAUCAUAUCCUGGAUCAUUUGCAAGGUAAUCAUGAAAAUUUGGAAAUUGGUGAAUUCAUAAGGCAAUAUUUGAAUUUAGAUUUAAAAGAUGUCACUAAACGUAUUAAAAAUGUUAAAACUAAAUUGUAUGACUUGGAAAAAAUUCAAGAAAUUGAAGAAACUGACGAUGAAUAUCACCAUUUGGCACAUCAAAUUUUGAAAGCAAAGCAAUUGUAA